UUUCCGCCUGUGAAACCGCAGUCGGUGAUGCCAAUAUGCCUUACGAAGUCAUACACCUUGCGGCUAGCCUACAAUUUGCUGGGGUACAGAGUGUAGUUGGGACAUUAUGGAGCGUCAACGAUAGUACUGUGCAGCGCUUAGUGGAGGCAUUCUACAGACACCUGUGCAGGGAUGGCACAAUGAAUUCCAAACGAGCUGCCCGAGCGCUACACCGAGCAGUCCAGUCAUUGGCUGGUGACAAGGACAUGCCCUUGGACCAGCGCAUAGUUUUCAUGCAUAUUGGCAUAUGAUCGAUUUCGUGCGUCUUCAGCCGUGUGUUCGCUAUUUCAGACCUUGGGACUGUAUAAGUACCUCCCGGAUCCCCGAUAUGUACACCGAUAAUCUCGGCUUUGUAUUCUCCAGCCUGUUGCCUCAGAAUCAAACGUGACCGCUUCCAAUAU